AUGGCGGACCUCAACCUUCAAGAAAUCCACGAUACCCUCCUCGAGAUCGCGACCGAGGCGGGCAAGAUGAUCAUGUCCGCGAACCCGGCGUCCAUCGACCAGGACACCAAGCUCAACUCCGUCGACAUCGUAACCGAAACAGACCAGGCCGUCGAGAAGAUGGUCUCGACCCGCCUCUCAACCGCCUACCCCAACAUCGCCUUCAUGGGCGAAGAAACCUACACAAAAGGAACCCACCUCGGCCCAGAACCGACCUUUGUCGUGGACCCCAUCGACGGUACCACAAACUUUGUCCACUCCUUCCCGGACGCCUGCAUCUCCCUCGGCCUGGCCGUCAACCACGUCCCCGUCGUCGGCGUCAUCUACAACCCCUUCCAGGACCUCCUCUUCACGGGCAUCCAGGGGAAAGGGAGCUACAUGCGCCGUGCAGGCGGUCCCGCUCAGCGCCUGCCCCUCGCAGAGAACCCGAUCCCCCUCACGGGUCUGGACUCGGCGCUGUUGGCGUGCGAGUGGGGCUCCACGCGCGACGGGCCGAAUUUCGACCUCAAAGCCGAGACGUUUAAGAAGCUGGCGGCGACGAAGGAGAGCGGGGGCGCCAUGGUGCACAGCUUGCGCGCGCUGGGAUCCGCGGCGCUGAACCUGGCUGCCGUGGCGGCGGGCCAGCUGGACGCGUAUUGGGAGGGCGGGUGCUGGGCGUGGGAUGUGUGCGCGGGGUGGUGUAUCCUGACCGAGGCGGGCGGAAUCAUGGCGGGCGGGAACCCGGGCGUGUGGAAGCCUGCUGUUGACGAGAGGGUAUAUCUUGCCGUGAGGGGCGCGCCGGGCGGGCAGAAGGAGCUUGUGGAGGAGUUUUGGGGCGUGUUGGGGGGCAAGAAGUUAGAAUACUCUGUUUAG